CGCGCGUAUAGGUUCUUGAUGGUGAUUGGGUUCGUUUCGUGUGGUCAGUUGAGCGCGUCAACCAAUCAAAACGCUUAAAACGACACAAGCAAAGACCGCGAGAGCAGCUGUCACAUGAGGAAGUAAAUAAAAUACCGCGUAUCUACGCGUUCAUACAAUGAGUGGUCUUUUUGUUUGUGCUUAGUGAAUAUUAAUGUUUUUUUGAAGAAGUAUUGGAAUUGCAGAUAAUCAUGGAAAAGGAUCGGGAUACCAAUGUAGCAGAGCUUACUGAUUGCAACGUAAAAGUUGUAACUUUAAUGGACCUAAAAAUACGACGUCAGGAGCUUUUACGUAAAAAACAAAAAGUUUUAGACAGAAUGCUUCCCCAAAAUCCAUCUCCAAUUUCUCAUCCACUUCAACCUACGUUUGAAGCUCUAACUACUUACGAAACUACAGAUAUUGAUAUUGCUAAUUGUGACACCUUGAUCUUUGAUACUAUUUGUUCAACAACUGUUUCCCCGGACGAUGCAGAAGAAACUGUCACCUAUCCUCUCAACAACUCCAUCAAUGAACCGCUUGCUAUCCCGGAUAUUGCAGAAGAGACCAUAAAUAUACGAAUAAAUAUUUCUCCUGACGAUUCUAUCGCCGAUUCAAAUUUUGUACCGCUCUCUGAUAUCACGAAUGUAGAGCCUAUGUUAUCUAAUGAUCUAAAUUCCUUUCCGGAACAAAAUUUAGAGGCAGAUGCAGCAAAAGCGUCAAGAAAACGAAAACGAAAAGCUGACCGUGAAACCUGGAAAAGAGAUUUAAACAGGAAAGAUAGAAUGUUAGGCAAAGCUUAUACUGGGUUUAAAAAAGUUAAUAACAAGUAUAUUCAAAACGAACCAAAACCUAAAAGAACUAUGGGUCCUAAGUGUAGCUCGUCAUUUUGUGCACGUAGUAAAAUUCUAUUUUGUUCCAAUUUAACUGAGGAGACACGACAGCAAAUUUUUAAACGUUUUUGGAAUAUGACAUGGAAAGAGAAAAAAAUGUAUGUAAGGUCGAUGGUUGACACACAAAUUGUAAAAAGGAAGACGACAGGAAGUGAGUCUAGACGAUCGGAAACUAAACUAUAUUAUCUGCAAAUAAACGGUAAGAAGGAAAGAGUUUGCUUAAAAUCAUUUUUAGCGACCCUAGCUAUAAAAGAGUGGACUGUUCGCUACUGGAUUUGUAAAACAGUAGACGUCAAUUCUGAUCAUACAAAUUUUACUCCAAGUUUGCCUACCUCUAAACAAGAUUCGGUAAAAAGUUACCUCAACUUAUUGCCCAAAUUACCAUCACAUUACUGCCGCCAAUCAAGCACUAAACAAUAUUUGGAACCUUUACUACAAUCCAAGUCACAACUAUAUAAGUUAUACGUCGAAUAUGCCUCAUCAGCAUCUAUGCCAGUAGCUUCGAGAAAGCUCUUUUUAGACAUACUUGCGGAGCAAAAUAUCGCCUUGUUUCAACCUAAAAAAGACGCGUGUGACUAUUGUUCCUCAUACAAAGCAGGUAAUGUUCGAGAGGAAGAUUACCAGCGCCACAUCCAGUUGAAAAAUUUGGCUCGAUCUGAAAAGACAAACGACAAAGAGCUUGCAAAAUGUGGGAAAAUUCAUACCUUAACUGCGGAUCUACAAGCAGUAAAACUAUGCCCUUCUUUGUCAGCUAGUGCACUAUAUUUUAAAACGAAGUUAGCUGUCCAUAACUUUACUGUUUAUAAUCUAGGUACAAAUGAAGUGACUUGUUACUGGUUUGAUGAAACAGCAUGUGAUUUAAAAGCAACAACGUAUGCUUCGUUUUUUGUUGAUUACCUAAGAAACCUGCUAAGUGAAAAUCUCAAAGACGUUGUUAUAUGGACCGACGGAUGCACUGCUCAAAACAGAAAUGCUGUUGUAUCGAACGCUCUUCUCAGACUAGCAAUGGAUAAAAAUGUUACCAUCACUCAAAAAUACCUCGAAAAGGGGCACACUCAAAUGGAGGUAGAUUCGGUCCAUUCACUUGUUGAAAGAAAACUUCAAAAUAUUGAAAUUUUUUUGCCAUCUCAGUAUGCGUCUCUGACCAAGGAGGCCAGGAAAAAACCUUUUCCUUAUAAAGUUAUACAACCAGAUCAUACCUUUUUCAAAGACUACAGCGCCAAAGAGUAUCAAGUUUAUGACUCCAUAAGACCUGGGCGUAGUUCUGGUGAUAACUGUGUAGUAGAUCUACGAGUAUUGAAAUAUAAUGCCAAUGGUACUAUAGAGUUUAAAAAACAUUUUGAUGAAGAAUUUAGGCCAUUGCCCCGAAGACCAAGGAAUAUUUCAACAUUGAUAAGCGAAGUACCAUUUCUUUAUUCUUCUAGAUUGCCUAUAUUGGAGAGUAAAUAUUUACAUUUACAACAAUUAAAGACUGUAAUUCCCAGUGACUGCCACCACUUUUAUGAUAAUUUACCGUUUCAUAAAAAAUAAGCAAGACUGCAUUAUUACAUUUUUUAGAAACGGUAAAUUAUCAAUACAUAAUGAGCAAUCUCAUUUAUACUGAAUUAAGUUUUGUACUAGGUAUAAAUGUUACAGGUUUCUAUUUUAAUAGAUGUUAUAAAGUUUUGUUAUAGUUUAAUUUGCGUUUUCGAGUCAAAUAUGUUUAAAAUUUUGAACUUUAUUUAUUUUUCUGUUUUUCAUGAUGUGGCAGUGGUUAUUAUUAGUAAUAGGUAACUUUUCUACCUCUUAAAUUAUCAGCAUUGUAGUUCAUGGUGAUUGAAAUAUUAAGACUGAUUAAUCUGAGAUAUAAUAAUUAUUGUUAAAUUACUUUAAUUAAGUAAUAAAGGAACCUUAUAAUAUUAUAAUGUUUAUUUACACCCUUUUUGUAUUACGCGUAACUAAGAAAAAUGCGUAGCGGCAACCCAAUUUUGAUGAUGCAAUACCGCGAAAGUGAUUUUAUUAAUUUGCUAGUUAAUUUAACAGUAUAUAUACUCUAUUAGAAGCUAAAGUACAUAAAUUCAUAAACAUGUUAUAGUUUAGUCGGCCGUAGAUGUUGUAAUACCAAGCAUAUUAAGUAUUUUUUCUCUCCUGUAAAAUUGAUCAUUAGCGAUUUACGCGGUUUUAACCACUGUUGGUUACGCGGCAUUACAGUAUCAACGACGA